AUGGCUUCUCGGGCUGCUCCGCUGGUGUAUCCGGCCCUGAGCCGCCACACGGCAACAGUCAUCUUCAUGCACGGCCUGGGAGACAGCGGCCAUGGCUGGUCCGAGGCCGUGAAGCUGUGGCAGAGCAGGCACAGGCUCGACGAGGUCAAAUUCAUUCUGCCGAAUGCGCGUACCAUGCCCAUUACAGUGAAUGGAGGCUAUCCCAUGCCCGCUUGGUUCGAUGUCAAAUCUCUUGGCGCUGCGUCGAAAAUGACCCUUGACGAGAGGUCUCGCGAUACGGAUGAGGCCGGUAUCCUUGAGUCUCGCGCCUACCUCUAUUCUCUCAUCCAGAAGGAGGUUUCAGAGGGCAUCUCCGCUGAUCGCGUUGUGCUGGGCGGCUUUUCCCAGGGCGGCGCCAUGAGUCUCUUCUCUGGCAUUACAGCUCCCUUCAAACUGGCCGGCAUCGUUGGCAUGUCCUGCUGGCUGCCUCUCAGCCACAAGUUGAAAGAGUUUAUCCCCGGGACCAACUUCAACCAGGACACGCCCAUCUUCAUGGGACACGGCGAUGAAGACCCGGUGGUCCUGUAUGAGUGGGGCACGGCUACUGAGGAGAGACUCAAGGAAUUCGGCUAUGGCGUGAAGCGAAAAACAUAUAAGGGUAUGCAGCACUCUGCCUGUAUAGGUGAGUUUAAUGACGUUGAGAAUUUCCUCGUGUCGAAGCUCCCUGCCAAAGGCAAUGCUUAA